UGGCGGCCGAGAACCGACCGUCAAGAAAUAGAUUUAGUUUGGUUAGUUCGUGCGCGGGGCCCCAGCGACUGGGACGACGGGCAAUUCAAACGAGGCGAACGACAUUAUACGACGAUCCAAAAUACGCGCACACGUUGUAAUAUUGCGAAGAGGUUAAAGGGGGAAUAAGCAAAAAAGAAAAAAAGCAAAAAAAAGAAAAGAAAAGAGACGGAUAGAAAGGAAAGGAAAAAACAAAAAACCAGGUCCGAAACAAUAUAAAGAAAAGGGGGGAAAAAAAAAAAUAAUAACAACAACGUCGAGAAAUUAUCGUUUGCGCGAAUUGUUCGAAAGCCCGGACGUGUUUGUACGUUGUAUUAUACACACAUAUUUUAUAUCGCAGUUUUAUCCGUAUUUCUUAAACAGUAAUUCGUAUAUUGUAAAAGUGCUGUAAAUCUCGUUUAUACCACGACGAUAUCGGCGCAUUAAGAACGGAAGAAAAGAAAGAGAUAGAAACAAAGGAUAAGGAAAAACAAAUUUUGGAGAAUUUUACUUGUGGUGUAUAUCGAUCGGUGCGAAAUUAAAUAAGGUAGAUGGUGCCGGCUGACUGUAAUUAGCGAAGGCAGGAACAGGAGUUAGGCGCACCCCAGCACGAUGGGGGUCGCCGAAGAUUUUGCCCCCAGCUUUACGCAGAAGCCGCAAUUGCGACAGGAGGACGAGGGUAACAGGUUGAUAUUCGAGUGUCAGCUGUUGAGUUCCCCAAAUCCUGAAAUAUCAUGGUUUCGCGGAGAGACACAGCUGAACGAGGACGCUAGGACGAAUUUCAAGAUACAAAGUAUCGGGACUAACAAGUUCCUCGUUGUACUCGAGCUUGACGACGUAAUAGAGACCGAUGCCGGACUUUACAAGGUCAAGGCGAAGAACAAGAUGGGAGAAGUCGCCGCGUCCAUCAAUCUCAACUUCAGCCCUGUCGAUGAGCCUAGGGAGAAACAAAUCGACGGCAUUGCUCCAACCUUCGCGAAAAAGCCGGCGAUCAGACAAGAAGAGGAUGGAAAACGAUUACUAUUCGAAUGUCGUAUAACCGCGGAUCCGACCCCCAAAGUAACCUGGUCUCACAACGGAAAUUUGGUCCAGGAAUCCCCGCGCCACAAAUUAACGGUGGACAAGGACGGCCACUCGUACUUUGCAACGUUAGAAAUCAAGAACGUGACUGUUGAGGAUGCUGGAAAAUACAAAGUCAAUGCAAAGAACGAGCUCGGCGAGUCCAACGCCACGAUUUCACUCAAUUUCGACAGCGACGAGGCGCCCGUCCCAGACGACGGAAUCAAGCCAACCUUCACCGAGAGGCCUGUGAUCAGACAGUCGGACGAUGGCAACACUAUUACUUUCGAAUGUCGAUUAGUCGGCGAUCCGAAACCGACUGUCAAAUGGUAUCACGGCAACGACGAAAUAAAAGACGGCGGGAGGUUCACAACUUCCCUCGAACUUGAUCAGAAGCUCUACCAUUUAGCCAGGCUGCAAAUCACCAGCGUUGCUAAGGCCGACAGUGGUGAAUACAAAGCUAUCGCCAAGAACAAACACGGGAACGGCGUUGCUACGAUAAAUCUCAACUUUGAGGGAGGCGAUAAACCGAAAAUACCCGACGGAAAACCGCCCCGAUUUCCAAAAAAGCCAACGAUACGUCAAGACGGCGAAGUACUGAUAAUGGAAUGUAUAUUGGAGGCACAUCCGGUGCCAGACAUCACCUGGUACCAAGGGACAAAAGCAAUAGCGGACAGUCCGCGAGUCAAGAUGCUGAGAAAGUCAACAAGCAAGGACACAUAUCUAUUAACGUUGGAAAUAUCGAAUCCGACCAAAGCUGACGGCGGAAAUUAUCGGUGCAACGCCUUCAACAGCUACGGCGAAAGUAACGCCAACAUCUCCCUCAACUUCCAAGAUGAUGGAGCAGGAUUCGCGCCUUCUUUCAUCGAGAAGCCGCGUAUCAUUCCAAACGAAAGUGGCACUCUGAUAACGAUGAAGUGCAAGUGUAAAGCGAAGCCGAAACCGGACGUCACCUGGUUCCGGGGUACAACCGUCGUCAAGGAGUCGUCGAAGAUCACAAUCAGAAGUUCCGGCGUCGAGGAAGACGUGUACGAACUAACACUCGAAAUUAAGGAUCCAUCGGGUCCGGACGGAGGCACGUACAGGUGCCACGUCAAAAACGAAUAUGGCGAGAGCAACGCGAACCUGAAUUUGAACAUAGAGGCUGAGCCGGAACCGGAGGGCGACGGUCCGACCUUCGUCGACAAGCCACGAAUCCAGUCCCAGAAUCAAGGAAAAUUGGUCAUCAUGGACUUCCGAGUCAAGGCUGAUCCGAAGCCGGAUAUCGUUUGGACCCACGCCGGCAAAGUCGUCAAGGAAUCGUCGAAAAUAUCCAUCAGUAUAACCAAGGAGAAGGAGGAUGUUUACUACAUUAAACUUGAACUUAACGACCCUGGCGCCGACGACUCGGGACUCUACAAAUGCAACAUCAGAAAUACCCUCGGAGAACUGAACGCCAAUUUGACGCUGAACGUCGAAAUAAUACCGGUGAUAAAGGAGAAGCCGAAAGUGAUCAAGAUCGUCAAGAAGAAGACCGUCAUUGUAGAAUGUCAAGUACUGUCCAAAUUUGCACCGGACUGCACAUGGUUCAAAGAAUCGAAGGCAGUGAAGGAAGAUUCCCGGCAUACUGUUCACGUCGAGAAAGUCAAAGAGGGAGAGUUCGCCGUCAAGUUGGAAAUCGAACAGGUAUCAACGAUUGACAAGGGAACGUACAAGCUUGUCGCUAGGAAUGAGAAGGGCGAGGCCACUUCUCAGGUUGUUGAAAUCACCGAGAUCCCGGCCGAGGAGGGUGACAAACCAAAGCUCGCUUCUGGUCUCAAAUCCAUUACUGCCGAAGAAGGCAGGACCAUCGAAUUCGUUGCUCGACUCGCCAAAGAGGACAGGAAAAUCAAUGUUGUGUGGACAAAGAAUUCUACUAUCGUGAAAUCGUCGAGGGACAUCAAGAUGUCUUUUAACGGUACGGAUAUCAAGUUGACAAUAAAUUCCGUUACAACUGACUAUUCAGGCUCCUACAAACUCGUCGUUACCAAUGAAUUCGGCAAGGACGAAUCGUCAGCCGAGCUUAUAAUUAAGAAGAAGGAGGAAAAGAAGAAGGAGGAAGAAGAGGAGGAGAAGGAGGAAGAGAAGGUCGAAAAGAAAAAGAAGAAGGAAGAAGAAGAGAAGGUAGAAAAGAAGGAAGAGAAGAAGGUAGAAAAGAAGGAAGAGAAGAAGGAAGAGAAGAAGAUAGAAAAGAAGGAAGAGAAGAAGGAAGAGAAGAAGGUAGAAAAGAAGGAAGAGAAGAAGGAAGAGAAGAAGGAGGAAAAGAAGCUGGAGGAAAGCUCCGACGAAGAAGAGCGUUCCGUUAGCUUGGUAGAAUCGAGUGUCGCAGAGCCUGUCGUCGAAGACGCAGACUCAUCGUCAGAGCCAGUAACUCAGGUUGAGGAUAUACCCGCUGACACGAAAGCAAACGGUAUUGACAAACCGAUUUUGAAGAAGAAAAUCGAAAUUAGGAAAGACGAGCCUGAAGUUAACAACGUUGAGAAGAUCGAAGAGAAAAAGGUCGUCAAGAAAAAGGUUGAUGAAAAGACCGCAGAGGAGAAGAAAGAACCUACCAAGGUAAAGAAGGUCGUGAAGAAAAAAGAACCUGUGGACGAAUCAAAGGACACUUCACGUGAGGCUACACCAAAAUUGGAAAAAACUACUGGAACCAGGAAGCAGUCAAUCAGCAGGGUCGAAGAACUUCGCACAGAAAGUCGUCGAAGUUCUCUUGUUACGACCGAAGAAGAGAUUACAAGAGAUGGCAGCAAGACACCGGAACGUCGUUUCUCUACACAAAAGGUUGAAGAGGAAACGAAAUCCGAGAGCCGUCGUUCGUCUACGGUAGACAAAAAGACGAUUGGCGUAAAGGUCGAGGAGCCUAAGAAAAAAGUCGACGAGGCAAAACCCGCGCCCAAAGAAGAAGUUAAACCAAAAACAACCCCUGCUACUAAACUUGAACCCAAGGUUGAACCCAAGGUUGAGCCUAAGGUUGAGCCUAAGGUUGAGCCUAAGGCAGAAGCCGGGCCAAAAACCGUCCCCAAAGAUGCAGAAAAGCCGAAAUCAACUCUCGGUGUUAAAGUUGAACCCAAGGUUGAGGAAAAGCCGAAAUCAACUCUCGGCGUUAAAGCCGAACCCAAAAUUGAGCCCAAAGCUGAACUUAAGGUCGAGUCAGUACCGAAACCUGCCGAUGAACCCAAGCCAAAAACAACUCUGGGUGUUACACCCGAUGAAAAGAAAACCGAGCAGGAUGCAAAGAAAUUGGGCCUGCAAAAAACCGCGACGCUCGAAGAACAGAAAAAGGGGCUGAACAAGGUCGAGUUGAAGACAGAGGAAACAAAGCCGGCGGAGGUGAAACCGAAAUUUCGUAUACCGCCAAAAUCAGCGGUUAAAAAUGAGUCCUUCAUAGGUUUUCAACUUAAACCUGUUAAGCGUGGAUCAAAGCCUGAUCAAGGUGAAAGUGACACGAUUGAGCUCAAGAAAACAGAGAAACCGGAAAAACUCGAGGCGAAGAAAGUCAAGGCUGCCGAAAAAUCGAAGGCAUCGAGCUACGAGCUGCCCGAAAUUCCAGAUUACGAAAGAGCUGUUUUGGAAAAACCGCAGGAAUUCGACUUUGGCGAUCAUGUUCCUCGCGAUAAAACUAAAUUGGACAGACCGGCGAGUCAGAAGUUGGAUACGAAGCCAAAACUGCCGGAAAUCAAAGCACCGGAAGCGCCGAAAAUCGAGGUCAUCAAAGACUCGACUCCAGACGCGAGCAGGAAAGGCUCCCUGGCACCCGGAAGUGGGACGAACAGUCGUCGAGGUUCGCUCAUUCCUCCAGAGGAAUUGGGACGUAGAGCCAGUCUUAUUAUCACUGACGAGGAGAAUAGGAAGCUGCGCCCUGGUGAAGUGGUGGAGGAACGUAAGGUUGGAAAAUUACGUCCAGGCGAGGUGUUAGACGCCAAGAAUAGGAUCGGGCGUCCUGGUGAACUACAGUCCGAAAAACAGCGUCGUCGUCCAAGCACGGACGUCCGAAGACCAAGUGUGGCGGAUCUCGAGAAUAGAAUCAAUGAACCCAGCACUCCUCUACGAGACAUCGGUCCAGGUGGACCCCCGCAAAUUGUCCAUGUCGAGGACUCGUAUUCCGCCCGUGAAGAUUCGACGGCAUACCUUACCGUACAGGUGGAAGGUAAUCCGGCCCCAACGUUCAAGUUCUACAAGGGAAUAACGGAGCUGAUAGAAGGCGGUCGUUUCAAGUUCCUCACGGACUCCGAAACGAACACUAUAACACUUUGCAUGAGAAAAGCGAAGCCGAACGAUGAGGGAACCUACAAAAUUGUCAUCAGCAACAUCCACGGCGAGGAUUCGGCCGAGAUGCAGCUUUACGUCGGAGACGCGAGUGGAAACGACUUCCGAGCCAUGCUCAGGAAGAGGAAGUACCAAAAAUGGGCCAGAGACGAGGGCGAACAGGAGAAAGUCGACCUCAAGGAAGUCGAGAAGCCAAUUCCGGCGUUGAAGAAAGUUGAAAAGCCACGGAAAGGCAGCGAAUCGCAUGAAACUGGCUGGUAUGAGGACGAUGGUGAGAUAGCGAUCAUCGCCGAAGGAGAGGAAGUCGCUCGUAUUCCUAUCGGCAAGAAAAUGGACUCUAACUGGAGCUGGUUGAAGGACGUCUUCGAUAUCCAGCGCAGGCCGAGCUUGCCGGAGGUAAUUGGUGAUGACUGGCCAACGCUAAUGAUACGAGAAAAAGAGAAGAAACCAGAAUCCUUCCUGAAGCCCCUCGUCGAUCAGUACGCCAAGGAAGGAAAAGACAAGAAGGUCGUUUUCGAGGCAAACUUCACUAAACCAAACUGCAAGCCGAAAUGGUUUUUCAGGAAAGAUGAACUCUUCGCCAGCGCGAAGUACAAGUUCAAAAAUGAAAACGACUCGUAUCAGCUCAUCAUCACCGGACCGAAAGUUGACGAUACUGGAAAAUAUACGAUUGAUAUUAGCGGGGUUUCAUGCACCGCCUUCCUUACUGUCGAAGAACCUGAUCCAACCUACUCAUUCACCAAGCCAUUGUCGAAGAAAACGAGUGGCUUCACUCUACACGAAGCUUACAUGGAGUGCCAGGUCAGUUCCAGCAUGGCCAAGGUGUCCUGGUGGAAAGGAAAGGUCAAGUUGGACGACGACGAUAACAUGAGCAUUUCGAAGGACAUGUCCGGCGUUUGUCGGUUGACUAUAAAAAGUGCGAAACUGUCGGACAGCGGAGAAUACAGCUGUAAGAUCGAGAAACAGACCGACAAGACAGACACAGUUCUCACGAUUGUCGAAUAUCCCUACAAAUUCGUCAAGGUUCUCAAGCAUCAGCAAAUGGUCGAAAAAGACACCAUCACUUUGGCCUGUGAACUGGACGACGCUGCUGGUGACGUGAAGUGGUUCAAGGGAGACCAGGAAAUAAAGCCCGACAAACGCGUUCAAAUCAAGGUUGACGGUCGCAAACGCAAGCUCAUCAUCAAGGAUGCCAAGGUGACAGACGCAGGGAUGUAUUCGUGCGUCAGUAAUGCGGAUAAGACAGAGGCUGAAAUCACUGUCAACUAUUUGAACCGGUUCAACAAGAAGCUGAAGGAUACGGUUGCCAUUGAGCGAGAGAAGCUAGUGUUGGACGUUGAGCUUCAGGACCAAACGGCGCCGGCUGAGUGGCUCUUUAACGGAAAGCCAAUCGAGCCAAGCGAGAGGGUUGAGAUCAAGAAUCUGGGUGGAGGAAAGCACCAGCUAGUAUUUAACAAACUGGAAAUGGAAGACGAUGGUGAGAUCACCUGCCAAAGUGGGCAACUAUCCAGUGCCUGUCACCUUACCGUCAAGAAAGGAGAGAGCAAACCGAUCAUCGACGUACCCGACAAGAUCGAAGGCGCUUGCAGCGCUCCUCUCGUAUUCGUAGUGCCUUUCAAAAUUGAUGGCACCAAGCAGACACCAGUCGAGGCGAAACUUCUCAAGGACGGUAAGCCACUGCCACUUAAGGACGUCGAGAUCAUCGUUGGCGACGAUAAAAUAACGUACAAGAUAAAGAAACCGAGCAGAGAUCAAACCGGACCGUAUCAAAUCAAAAUCGGAAACGGACAGGGCGAGGAAGUCAAGGAUGUACACAUCAAUAUGCAAGACGUCCCAUCGCCUCCGACGGACGUGGACGUCAAGGACGUCUUCCAGAGCUCCUGCGUGGUUAGUUUUAAACCGUCAAAGGACGACGGUGGUUCUCCGAUAACGAAAUACGUUAUCGAACGUCUCGACAUGAGCUUGAAAUCGCAGUGGGCAAAUGUUGGGGAGGUGAUGCCAGGCGAAAAGUGUGUCUACAAAGUAGAGGACUUAGUACCCAAAAAAGAAUACAGAUUCCGAAUUGUUGCCGUCAACAAGCUUGGCCCCAGUGAACCUGCCAACUUUGCCAAGCCCAUCCUGGCCAAGGAUCCUUGGGACGAGCCCGGGAAGCCCGGAAACGUCGAGGUGGUCGAUUGGGACAAGGACCAUGCAGACCUAACGUGGACAAAGCCGGAGAGCGACGGCGGUGCCCCGAUAACUGGCUACAUUAUCGAGUACAAGGAGAAGUUCGGCAAGGAGUGGGUCAAGGGCAAAGAGAUUGAGGGUGACGUAACAAAGGCAACUAUUGAUAAACUGAAGGAAGGCACGCAGUACGAGUUCAGGAUCCGCGCGGUUAACAAGGCUGGACCAGGAGAGCCAUCAGACGCUACCAAACCGAUAAUAGCGAAAUCUCGCUUCGUCAAGCCCUACAUAAUCGGGGACCAGCUGACCAAUCUGAUCGUUAAGAAGGGCCAGGUCAUAAAGUACGACAUCAAAUUCGGCGGUGAGCCUGAACCCGAGGUGCACUGGUUCCUCGGUGAAAAGGAACUCAUUCCCGACUCAGCCGAGCGACUUACAAUCGACAAGUACGAACGCAACAGCGUACUGACCGUUCGAAAGACAACCAGACCUGAUUCUGGAAAGUACAAAAUUGUUCUCACCAACGGCUCCGGCACCUGCGAAAGCGUCGCUGACGUCGUGGUUCUGGACAAGCCAACCCCGCCCAAGGGACCGUUGAAGGUAGAAGAGGUGCGGUCCGAUCACGUCAAGGUUAAGUGGGAGAAGCCAGCAGACAACGGAGGUACCGAUGUGACUGGUUAUGUAUUGGAAAAGAUGGACUUGGAAACUGGAAGAUGGAUACCAGCCGGAGAAGUUGGUCCAGACAAGGAUACGUUCACGUUCCAGGGUCUGACCCCGAAGAAGAAGUACAAGUUCAGGGUAAAAGCUGUUAACAAAGAGGGAGAGUCCGAGCCAUUGGAAACGGACGAAGCUAUCGUCGCGAAGAAUCCCUACGACGAGCCUGGCAGUCCUGGUAAACCGGAGAUCAUUGACUACGACAACGUCAGCGUUACCCUCAAGUGGGCAAAGCCCGAGAAUGACGGUGGUCGACCAAUCAGUCACUACACCGUUGAGAUGAAGGACAAGUUCGCUCUAGAUUGGUCGGAGGUUCUAAAAACCUCAGAUGCCAACCCCGAGGCGAAGGUCGAGGGGCUCAAGGAGAAAAUGAUCUACCAGUUCCGUGUUCGUGCUCACAACAAGGCUGGGUCUUCAAAACCGAGCGAACCGACCGACAAUCACCUUUGCAAGCAUAAGAACCUGAAACCACGCAUCGAUCGUACAAAUUUGAAGUCGGUGACCAUAAAGGCGGGAAGGUCGCACAAAUGGUCGGUCGACGUUAUUGGCGAACCUCCUCCAAAAACAACAUGGAUUUGGCGGGAUGAUAUACCUUUGACAAAUACGGAGCGUAUAAAGAUAGACAACGUUGAUUAUCACACGGAUUUCAGUAUAAUAAAUGCAGUGAGGAAAGACACUGGUAAAUACACCAUCAUAGCCGAGAACGUCAACGGAAAGGACCAGGAGACAGUUGAGCUGACAGUGCUCUCCAAACCAAGCCCGCCAAAGGGUCCACUGGUCGUUUCGGACGUGACAAACACGACGGCGAAGCUCAAGUGGGAAAAACCGGAGGAUGAUGGAGGCUCGCCGAUAAAAGAAUACGAGGUCGAAAAGAUGGACACCAAAACUGGAAAAUGGAUACGAGUUGGCAAAGUUCCCGGAAAUGCGACAAGCCCUGAGCUCGACGUGACGGGACUGAAUCCCGGCAGUGAAUACAAAUUCAGAGUAACCGCCGUCAACGACGAGGGUGACUCCGAGCCUCUGGUAACAGAGAAGGGAACAAUCGCCAAGAAUCCAUUCGACGAGCCAUUGAAGCCCGGAACACCGGAAGUCACCGACUAUGACAACGAGUCGGUGUCUUUGAAGUGGACCGCCCCAAAAUCGGACGGCGGUGCGCCGAUCGAGAAGUAUAUAAUCGAAAAGAAAGACAGGUACAAGCCGGACUGGGAAAAGGCCAUCGAAGUACCCGGUACUGAGCUUUCGGGAAAAGUACCGGACCUCAAGGAACUUGGGGAAUAUCAGUUCAGAGUCAUUGCUGUGAACAAGGCCGGACUUUCCCCGCCCUCGGACGCUUCAAAGACGCAGAUUUGCAGAUACAAGGCUUUGAAACCGACAAUUGACCGCACAAACUUAAAGCCAAUAAUUGUUCGGGCUGGUAAAAUGAUAAAAUACGACGUUGACGUGCGAGGCGAACCACCACCAGAGAUAACUUGGUUCCACGUCAAGACCGAAGUAAAGUCGGGAGGAAACGUUCAGAUCGUGAACGUAGACUAUAACACCAAAAUAACCAUCACUGAUUCCGUGAGAAAGAAUACCGGUGUCUACAAAAUCCUCGCUGUCAAUGCUCAUGGCCAGGAUGAGGCCGAAGUUGAAGUCACCAUUUUGUCCGCUCCAGGAAAACCGAAGGGACCACUUAAGGUGUCCGACGUAACGAAGAACGGCUGCAAACUCAAGUGGGAUAAGCCAGAUGAUGACGGCGGUAAACCGAUCAAAGAAUACUUGGUUGAGAAGCUCGACAAGUCGACCGGUCGUUGGGUACCGGUAGGUCGCACUUCAGAGCCUGAACUGGAAGUAAAGGGCCUGCAAGAUGGCCACGAAUACGAAUUCCGUGUUAAGGCUUUGAAUGAAGAGGGAGAAUCUGAACCGCUACAGACGGACGGUUCGAUAAUUGCGAAAAAUCCAUACGACGUUUCCGGAAAGCCGGGUACACCCGAAAUUGAAGAUUGGGACGUUGACCGAGUUGACCUCAAAUGGGAGCCUCCAAAGAACACCGGUGGAGCACCGAUAACUGGGUACAUAAUUGAGAAAAAGGAGAAGUUGAAGAGUCACUGGGAGGAAGCUGUGGUGACGAACACACCGGAGACGAAAGUGCGGGUUCCAGAUUUGAAGGAGGGAUCAACUUACCAGUUCCGAGUUCGCGCCGUUAACAAAGCUGGACCGUCGGAGCCCAGUGAUCCGACAAAACCGCACGUGGCGAAGGCUAGAUACCUUAAGCCACAUAUCAACCGCGAGAAGUUGCACAACAUCAAAGUGCGAGCGGGUCAGAUAGUGAAAAUCGAGACCGACGUAAAGGGAGAACCUCCACCAACAAUCACAUGGAGCUUCAAGAACAAGGUCCUCGAAACAAGUGCAAACGUGAAAGUCGACAACGAGGACUACAACACAAAGAUUCAGCUCUCGAACACGAGCCGCAAGGCGACUGGCAAGUACAUUGUCAAGGCCGUUAACGACUCUGGAACUGACGAGGCGGAGGUCGAGGUUACCAUCCUGGACAAGCCCGAAAAACCGGAAGGUCCGUUGGAAGUUACCGACGUUCACAAGGAGGGAUGUAAACUCAAGUGGAAGAAACCGAAGGAUGAUGGUGGCCUUCCUCUGACCGGAUAUAUCGUCGAGAAGAUGGAUGUCACCAGUGGACGCUGGGUACCAGUUGGAGUCAUUGACCCCGAUAAGCCAGAGCACACAAUAACCGGACUUGAACCCGGCAAGAAGUAUGAGUUCCGCGUAAAGGCCGUCAACGAGGAGGGCGAGUCCGAACCUCUUCAAACGGAUGCCGCUAUUCUGGCCAAAAAUCCAUACGAUGCUCCAUCGGCACCGGGUCUUCCGGAGAUCAUCGACUGGUCUGAGAACAUGGUGAAACUGAAGUGGGAACCACCAAUAAGAGACGGAGGCGCACCGAUUACCGGUUACGUGAUUGAAGUCAAGGAUAAAUUUGGAACUGCCUACGUCAAGGCUGCCGAAGUCCAGGGGCCCGUCUGCACGGGUACUGUUCCUAAACUUGUGGAAGGAAAUCAAUACCAGUUCCGUGUACGAGCUGUAAACAAAGCUGGACCAGGAGAACCCAGCGAAGCGACGAACCCACACACGGCUAAGCCUCGUUGGCUGAAGCCGCACAUCGACCGAACGAACCUUCAACCGGUCACCGUGAAGGCUGGUCUCACCGUCUCUCUGGACAUCAAUAUAAUCGGUGAACCUGCUCCGACUGUUACCUGGUACUUCAAAGACCAGGAAAUUACGACGGCCGAUCAACUCCGCAUCGACAAUAUCGACUACAACACCAAGUUCUGUAUAUUGCGAGCAAAUCGGUCAAUGACCGGAAAAUAUGUGAUCAAAGCGAAGAACGAGGUCGGCGAAGACACAGCCGAAGUUGAGAUCACGGUUCUCGGCAAACCCUCGAAACCAGAGGGUCCACUCGAAGUGUCGGACAUCACAAAGCACGGCUGCAAGCUCAAGUGGAAGAAGCCAGAAGAUGACGGAGGCACUCCGGUCGAAUACUACGAGAUUGAGAAGCUGGACCCAUUGACCGGUCAGUGGAUACCAUGCGGUAGAUCGACUGAACCUGAGGCGAAUGUGACGGGUCUUCAAGAAGGAAAACCGUACAAGUUCAGAGUUAAGGCGGUGAACAAGGAAGGGGAGUCCGAAGAGCUGGAGACCCUAAGACCAAUCAUCGCCAAAAAUCCGUUCGACGAACCCGGCAAACCUGGUCGCCCAGAGCUCAAGAACUGGGACAAAGACUUCGUUGACCUUGCCUGGUCUCCUCCGUCUGAUGACGGUGGAGCACCGAUCGAAAAAUACAUCGUACAAAUGCGCGAUAAGGAAGGCAGGCAGUGGGUUGAUGCUGCAACUGUUCCUGGAGAUCGCCCGGCGGCUAAAGUCACCAAUGGAAUUCAGGAAGGACACGAGUACGAGUUCCGUGUCGUUGCCGUCAACAAAGCCGGACCUGGUGAACCCAGUGACACUUCAAAGAGCGUUGUCGCUAAACCAAGAUUCUUGGCUCCGCGUAUCGAUCGCAAGAAUCUGCAAAAGAAGACCAUGCGAGUUGGACAACUACUGCGUAUUGAAGCUGACAUUCAGGGUGAACCCGCGCCAGUCGUUACCUGGAAGCUCAAGGACAUUGUGCUGAAGAGCUUGGACCGUUUGAAGAUUGAAAACGAGGAUUACCACACCACAUUCAUCUUGAACAAAGUGAAACGUUCUGACACUGGAACUUACACCGUAAUUGCUAAGAACGACAGUGGCACAGACCAAGUUGAUGUCGAAAUUGAGGUAUUGAGCAAGCCAGGAAAGCCCAAGGGCCCACUGAACGUUUCUGACGUAACAGCGCAGGGUUGUAAAUUGAAAUGGGACAAGCCCGAAGAUGACGGUGGAGAGCCGGUUGAUCACUACGUCAUCGAACGUAUGGACACCGAAUCAGGUCGCUGGGUGCCAUGUGGAACGAGCAAAACUCCGGAGGCAGAGGUGACAGGGCUCAAUGAAGGAAAGGACUACCAAUUCCGGGUUAAGGCCGUUAACGCUGAGGGAGAAUCUGAACCUCUCGAAACGACAAUCCCAACCACCGCCAAAAAUCCAUACUCCGAACCCGACGCGCCUGGAAAGCCAGAGCUCAAAGACUGGGACAAGAAUCACGUGGAUCUCAAGUGGAAGGCGCCAAAGAAUGACGGUGGAGCUCCAAUCGAGAAGUACAUAAUCGAGAAGAAGGACCAGUAUGGAAAGUGGCAAAAGGCCGCUGAAGUACCCGGCAACAAGACGGAGGGUAAAGUAGGAGAUCUGGUUGAGGGUCAAAAAUACCAGUUCCGAGUCAAGGCUGUGAACAAGGGAGGUCAGAGCAAGCCUAGCGAGCCCAGUGAGACCCUGACAGCAAAGGACCGUUAUGCGGCUCCAAAGAUCGACCGCAGCACGCUGAAGGACCUGACAAUAAAGGCUGGUAACCACGUGAAGCUCGACGUUAAAGUCAGUGGUGAACCACCACCAACGAAGACCUGGUACUUAAAGAAGGUUAAGCUGCAAGACGGUGACAACGGAGUGAGCAUCGAGGUCGAAGACUACAAGACGAGGUUCGUUAUCGGAUCAGCAACCAGAUCUCAUUGCGGAACGCUCACUCUGAAGGCGGAGAACAGUUCCGGAAAGGACGAGGCAUGGAUCGAAAUAACGGUCCUUGAUAAGCCCAGCAAACCAGAGGGACCGCUCAAGGUUUCUGAUGUACACAAGGAGGGAUGUAGUCUUAAGUGGAACGAGCCCAAAGAUGACGGCGGAUCGCCCAUCGAGCAUUAUGUCGUUGAGAAAAUGGACACCGACACCGGCCGCUGGAUACCCGUCGGUAGGACCAAAGAGCCAAAAAUGGACGUCGAGAAUUUGGUGCCUGGAAAAGAGUACAAAUUCCGCGUUGCUGCUGUAAACGCUGAGGGAGAAUCCGAGCCGCUUGAAACCGAGCACGGAAUUAUUGCUAAGAAUCCGUUCGACGAACCCGGAGCGCCUGGACGCCCCGAGGUAACAGACUGGGACAGGGAUCAUGUAGACCUGAGAUGGACUCCGCCAACGAAAGAUGGCGGAUCUCCAGUCACCGGUUACUUGAUCGAGAAGCGAGAAAAGGGAAGCGGCCGCUGGUUGAAGGCCGGUGAAGUACACGGGCCCGAGUGCAAAGGACGAGCCGACAACCUCGAUGAGGGUGUAGAAUACGAAUUCCGAGUAAAAGCCAUCAACGCCGCUGGACCCGGUGAACCUUCAGACGCCAGCAAAUCGAUAGUCACGAAGCCUAGAAGAUUGGCUCCGAAGAUCGACAGACGCACUUUGCGUGACUUGACUGUGCGCGAAGGCGAGCCGUUCUACUUCGACGUUAAAAUCACCGGAGAACCAGCGCCUGAGAUUGAGUGGGUACUCAACAGUAAGAGCAUACAAAUAACCACCUACCGCAGAAUCGAGGAUAUUCCCUACAACUCCAAGUUCUUCAACGACAAACCCGAACGCAAGGACACUGGAGUGUACAAAAUCACCGCUGUUAAUCCAUACGGCUCUGACAGCGCUGAGGUCGAAGUAACUGUUGUCUCGAAACCAAGCAAACCGGAAGGACCCUUGGACGUGUCUGACGUGCACAAAGACGGUUGUACGUUGAAGUGGAAGAAACCGAAAGAUGAUGGUGGAGAACCACUUGAGGGAUAUCUGGUCGAGAAAUUUGAUCCUGACACAGGAAUAUGGCUGCCAGUAGCCAAAACAGUGAAUCCCGAGCUCAAGGUAGACGGACUGAUUCCAGGACACGAGUACAAGUUCCGCGUCAAGGCUCUUAACAAAGAGGGAGAGUCGGAGCCGCUCGAAACCCUCGGAUCCAUUAUCGCCAAGGAUCCGUUCACCGUGCCAGGAGCGCCUGGUGCUCCAGAGCCUGUUGACUGGACCGCGAAUCAAGUUGAUCUUGAAUGGAAGGAGCCAGUAACAGAUGGAGGAUCUCCGAUCACAGGAUAUAUAAUCGAAAAGAAGGAUAAGUACAGUACCAUGUGGGAAAAGGCUCUGGAGACGAGCAGUGCACAUCCCGCAGCUCAAGUCCACGGUUUGAUCGAAGGAAACGACUAUCAAUUCCGCGUUAUAGCAGUGAACAAAGCUGGACAAUCACUACCCGGUGAAGCCAGCAAAACAUUCACCGCCAAGCCUCGUUACCUGGCUCCAAAGAUCGACAGGCGCAAUUUGCGCGAUGUAACUCUUUCCGCCGGAGCUUCCCUGAAGUUCGAUGCCAACGUGAUCGGUGAACCUCCACCACACAUCGAGUGGCGUCACGGUGCUAUCCCGUUGUACAGUGGAAAGAGCGUCACUGUAGACAACGCGGACUACAACACUAAACUGACAAUCCGACCUGUGAAGCGUGGAGAUACUGGGGAAUACACAGUAACAGCAAGCAACAACUCGGGAAGGGACAGUGUGACCAUAAAUGUUGUAGUCACCGACAAACCAACGCCACCAGAAGGUCCUCUUCAAGUUUCCGACGUCCACAAGGAGGGAUGCAAACUCAAGUGGAAACGCCCAGAGGAUGAUGGAGGCACCCCCAUCGAGUAUUACCAAGUCGAUAAAAUGGACCCUGAAAGUGGUUGCUGGGUUCCAUGUGGACGCUCCACUGAGCCUGGAUUUGAAGUAACCGGCUUGACUCCUGGAAAAGAGUACUUGUUCCGCGUUGCCGCAGUAAAUGCUGAGGGCGAAUCGGAGCCGCUGGUAACCGAGCACGCGACCCUCGCUAAGAAUCCAUUCGACGAGCCUGGAAAGCCCGGAAACCUGAAGGCGACAGACUGGGACAAGGAUCACGUCGAUCUGAAGUGGAACCCGCCAAUAGACGACGGAGGAUCACCGAUAACGGGCUACAUAGUGGAGAAGAAGGACAAGUAUGGCGAGUGGGAAAAAGCCCUGGAGGUGCCCGCUGACCAGACCAAGGCAACGGUGCCAGACCUGAUCGAGGGUCAGCCGUACGAGUUCCGUGUUCGUGCGGUGAACAAAGCCGGACCCGGUGAGCCGUCGGAUGCAACACCGACGAUAAUUGCCAAGCCACGCAACCUGGCGCCGAAGAUCGACCGCACAUACCUGAUUGACAUCAGAAUAAAGGCAGGACAGAAUUUCUCGUUCGAUGCAAAGGUAACAGGAGAACCGAUGCCGACCACAAGAUGGAUACUUCAUGGAAAGGACGUCAGGACUUCGGAUCGUGUGAAGGUAAAGAACGUUGACUACGGAACAUCUCUUAACGUCCGAAUGGCGACGAGGGAAGAAUCCGGAAAGUACACCGUUACUGCGGAGAAUAUAAACGGAAAGGAUAUCGCCUACGUCGAGGUUACCGUCCUUGACAAGCCAAGCCCACCCGAGGGACCUCUUAAAGUAUCCAAUGUUCAUGCCGAGGGUUGUAAACUGUCGUGGAAGGAACCACAGGACGAUGGAGGACAGCCGAUCGAAAAAUACGUUAUUGAAAAAAUGGAUGAAGCUUCUGGACGAUGGGUACCAGCCGGUGAAACCGAGGGACCACAGACCUCACUUGAAAUCGACGGCCUCACUCCUGGACACAAGUACAAGUUCAGGGUACGCGCUGUUAACAAGCAAGGGAAAUCCGAACCGCUCACCGCGUCGCAGAGUAUCGAAGCUAAGAAUCCAUUCGAUGAGCCAGGCAAGCCCGGAACACCGACGAUUCGUGACUACGAUAAGGACUUUGUUGAACUGCAAUGGGAUCGUCCUGAAGAAGACGGUGGAUCUCCCAUAACUGGAUACGUUAUUGAAAAACGUGACAAGUUCAGCCCGAACUGGGAGAAGUGCGGAGAAGUAGACGGAGACGUGAACCGCGGUAGAGUAAACGAUCUAAUUGAAGGUACAGCCUACGAAUUCCGUAUCAGAGCCGUGAACAAAGCUGGGCCUGGCGAACCGUCAGAUGCGACAAAACCACACAUCGCGCGGCCAAAGAACCUGCCGCCAAAGAUCGACAGGACCUUCUUGCUGGAUAUCAAAGUCCGAGCUGGAGGUCUGUUCGACUUCGAUGUGCCAGUAAUCGGUGAACCCCCACCAUCCAAGGAAUGGACACUCAGGGGAGACGACGUAAACAGCAACCCCCGCGUCAAGAUUGUGAACGAGGAUUACAACACAAAGCUGCGAUUGAUAGAUGCGAAACGGUCCGAUUCAGGGGUUUACACACUGACCGCGCGUAACAUAAAUGGAAAGGACUCUGCCACAGUAAACGUGACGGUCCUGGACAUACCACUGCCACCGGAAGGACCUUUGAAGGCCGAAAACAUUACCAAACAUGGCUGCGACCUCGCGUGGAGACCGCCGAAGGACGACGGUGGAUCCGAGAUCCUUUACUACGCGGUUGAGAAAAUGGACACAGAUUCGAUGCGAUGGGUCCCAGUCGGGGAAGCACCAUCGACGAGAAUCAGGGCCGACCAUUUGAUCGAAGGCCACGAUUACACCUUCCGCGUACGAGCGGUAAACAAACAGGGUGAGUCCAUACCUCUAACCGGGCAGGAAGCAAUUACAGCCAAAGAUCCGUUUGGAAAACCAGACAAGCCCGGAAUCCCCGUGGCCACGGACUGGGACAAAGAUCACGUGGAUCUGGAGUGGCCGGCGCCGAAGAGAGACGGAGGUUCUCCUAUAACGAGUUACAUUAUCGAGAAGCGCCCGAAGUUCGGUCAGUGGGAAAAGGCCGUUGAAAUACCCGGGAACAAGACCAAUGGCACCGUUCCUGACCUCACCGAAGGCCAGGAGUAUGAGUUCCGAGUGAUCGCUGUUAACAAAGGUGGCCAGAGUGAACCAUCUGAGGCCUCGCUGCCGAUCGUAGCCAAACCCCGCUUCUACGCGCCAACGUUCGACAAGCAUUUGCUAACGGACCUCGUUGUCAAGGCAGGGCACAAGAUCUUGUACGACAUACCAAUCGACGCAUCGCCCAAGCCCACCGCGAAGUGGACCAUCAAUGGUAAGCCGGUCGAGGCUGAUGCUCGGCACGAUAUUUACACCACCAACACUACCACCACCUUUGAAAUACCGUUCGCCGUUCGUUCGGACACUGGGCGCUACACUCUGACGCUGGAAAACGAUUCUGGAAGCUGCAGCGCCAGCGCUACUGUAACCGUUCUUGACAGACCAGCUCCGCCUGAAUCGCCGUUCGUCGUUGAUGGUAUUACAAAGGAAAGCUGUCAUCUCGCGUGGAGAGCUCCUCGCGACGAUGGAGGAAGCCCCAUUCUCCAUUAUGUUAUCGAAAAGAUGGACAUGACUCGCGGCACUUGGUCCGAUGCUGGAAUGAGUACGACCUUGAACCACGAGGUUGUAAGGCUCGUUCACAAGAAGGAAUAUCUCUUCAGGGUUAGGGCCGUCAACAGUAUCGGAGAGUCCGACCCGCUCGAGACACCGAAGAGCAUCAUUGCUAAGAACGAGUUCGAUGAACCCGACGCGCCUGGCAAACCACAGGUUACCGACUGGGACAAGGAUCACGUGGAUCUGAAAUGGCCAGCACCGAAGAACGACGGCGGGUCGCCAAUAACGGGCUAUAUAAUACAGAAGAAGGAGAAGGGAAGCCCGUACUGGAUAAACGCAGUUCAUGUACCGCAGAACCAGACCGAAGCAACGGUACCCGAUCUGGCCGAAGGCCAGGAGUACGAGUUUAGGGUGAUAGCCGUCAACUCGGCUGGUCAUUCAGAGCCGUCAGAACCAAGUGAUGCGGUAACAGCGAAGGCGAGAUACCUGGCGCCGAAGAUUAAGACGCCACUGCAAGACAUCCGCAUCAAGGCCGGACUCAUUUUCCACAUCGACAUCGAUUUUGUUGGUGAACCGGCACCUGAGGUGGAAUGGACAGCCGCUGGUAAACCUUUAAUGACCACCGACCGUACUACCGUUACAUCGAUCGGGUAUCACACCAUCGUUCAUACCGUGAAUGCGAAGCGCACCGACUCGGGGUUGUACCAUCUUCUGCUCAAGAAUAGCAGCGGCAUCGACGAAGGCAGCUUCCAGCUGAUUGUUUUGGACAGACCGGGACCGCCUGAGGGACCUUUGAUCUACGAGGAGAUCACGAACCAGUCGGUUACGCUGUCUUGGAAGCCUCCUAAGGACAAUGGUGGCAGUGAGAUUACUGGUUACGUUAUAGAGAAGCGUGACCUCACCCACGGCGGUGGAUGGGUGCCUGCUGUGACCUACGUUAAUCCCAGAAACACCCAUGCCACUGUUCCACGUCUACUGGAAGGAACAAAGUACGAGUUCCGCGUCUGCGCUGAAAAUCUUCAAGGACGCAGUGAACCUCUGACAACCGAUCGUGGAGUCGUUGCCAAAAACCAAUUCGUUGUUCCUGGACAACCUGGAAAACCAGAGUGCAUCGAUGCCGACAAAGACCAUAUCAAAAUCAAAUGGACAUCACCCAUCAGCAACGGAGGGUCACCCAUUAUUGGAUACGAUGUUGAGCGCCGUGAUCGUGCUACCGGAAGGUGGAUAAAGGUCAACAAGGAACCGGUGAAGGGCACCGAGUACCUCGACGAACACGUGACCGAGGGACACCAGUACGAGUACAGGGUUUCAGCAGUGAAUGCCGCCGGAGCUGGAAAGCCCAGUGAGGCCUCAUCUGUAAUCACUGCUAGACCGAUGAAAGAAAAGCCCAAGCUUCACCUGGAUGGCCUACUCGGACGCAAGAUCAAGGUCCGAGCUGGUGAACCGAUAAAUGUGAAUAUACCAUUGUCGGGAGUGCCAACACCUACGAUAACCUGGACAAAGAAUGGAGCCAGGCUACCGGACAACUUCCGAAUCACGACGGAAACGAAGAGCGACCAUACGGUCCUUCUCGUCGAAAAAUCGGUUCGUGAUGACGCUGGAAAGUACACAAUUACGGCAGAGAAUGAACACGGCAAAGACUCUGCAGACAUUGAGGUAAUCGUUGUCGACAAGCCCGGAAUACCAAAGGGCCCCCUUCAGUAUACCGCGACGACACACGACACGGUUUCGUUGUCCUGGGCUCCACCCGAGGACAAUGGUGGCUCAGAGAUCACAGGCUACAUUGUCGAGAUCGCCGACUUUGGAUCAGAGAACUGGCGCCAAGUACCUGGCUACUGCACUCACACUAGCUUUACUGCUAAAGGUUUGAGUGAAGGAAAACGGUACGUGUUUAGGGUACGCGCUGAGAACUUGUAUGGAGUAUCUGAGCCUCUCGACGGAAAACCGGUUGUCGCAAAGAGCCCCUUCGAUCCUCCAGAUGCGCCAAGCCAGCCCGAAGUCACCGGCUACACUCCCAAUACCUGCAGCUUGGUUUGGGAGCCGCCGACCAAUACCGGCGGUAAGCCGAUAACCGGCUACUACGUUGAGAAACGGGAACGUGGCGGAGAAUGGCUCAAGGUGAACAACUACCCAACACCAAAUGCGUCAUUCACCGUUCAAGACCUCCGCGAAGGAGGAAGGUAUGAGUUCAGGGUUAUGGCUGUGAACGAGGCUGGUCCUGGGAAACCAAGCAAACCGACCGAGCCCAUCACUGCGGGACAUCAACGUAGACGUCCCGAUGCUCCCGAGCCUCCAAAACCAGAUCGCAUUACGAAGGACUCUGUUACUCUGUCCUGGAGACCACCAAGGAGCGACGGAGGUGCUAAGAUCCGAGGUUAUGUGGUGCAGAAGAAGGCCAAGGGUGACGACGAAUGGACAGAUGUUAACGGGGUACCAGUACCUGCGACUGUUUUCACCGUGCCCAAGCUGACCGAAGGUGAAGAAUACCAGUUCAGAAUCGUUGCAGUCAACGAUGUUGGAUUCAGUGAACCAAGCAGACCAAGUAACAAUAUCCUCAUGGAGGAACAGCCGAACAAGCCCGUCAUGGACUUGGGUGGAGUCAGAGAUAUCACAGUUCGUGCGGGAGAGGACUUUUCUAUACAUGUGCCUUACAUUGGAUUCCCGAAACCAACUGCCACAUGGUUUGCUAAUGAUACUAUCAAGGACGAGUCAGAUUCUCGCGUUCAUCAGCAAUUGGCAGACGAUUACGCCAGCUUUGUGGUCAAGAACUCGAAACGGUCUGACACCGGUCAGUACAGGCUGCAGCUCCGUAAUCCAUCCGGCUUUGACACAGCAACUAUCAAUGUCAAAGUCCUCGACAGACCUUCACCACCGUGGAACCUACGCGCCGAUGAAUUUGCUGGUGAUGCCCUUACCCUUUACUGGAAUCCACCCAAGGAUAAUGGCGGUGCUGAUAUAACGAAUUACGUUAUUGAGAAACGUGAACCGCGCUCUCCAACUUGGUCGAAGGUCAGCAGUUAUGUUACAACGCCUUUCGUUCGCAUAAGGAACCUCACCGUUGGACAGGAGUACGAGUUCCGUGUUAUGGCUGAGAACCAAUACGGAACAUCAGAUCCGGCCAUUACCAUUGAUCCCAUCCGUGCAAGACAUCCGUUCGAUCCUCCUGCAGCACCCGGUACACCGCAGGGUGUUGAUACCACUGAGGACAGCAUUACCAUCUCAUGGACUAAGCCACGGCACGAUGGAGGAUCACCCAUCACUGGCUAUGUCAUUGAAAGACGCCUCAUUGGUGAGGACAAAUGGGUCAAGGCGACCCAGGCCCAUGUACCAGACACAACAUACAGAGUUGGAGGUCUCAUUGAAAAUCAUGACUAUGAAUUCCGCGUUGCGGCUUGGAAUGCCGCCGGUCAAGGACCAUGGAGCUCAGGUUCUGACGCGAUUAGAGCCAGCGCACCAUCGUCGGCUCCUAAGAUAACCAGCGACCUCAGUAUCCGGGAUAUGACAGUAAUCGCAGGUGAACCGUUCACCAUCACGGUGCCCUAUAUUGCGCACCCGAAACCAAGACCUAGCUGGACCAUCAACGGAGAGGAAGUGCUCACUGGUGACAGAAUUAAAUUCGAUACCACUGAAGUUGCUUCACAGUACAUAAACAAGAAGGCUAAGAGAAGCGACACGGGUAAUUACACCAUUCAUCUCACAAAUACGGUCGGUACAGACUCGGCAUCCUGCAAAGUACUUGUUGUCGACAAACCGUCGCCGCCACUAGGACCUCUUGACGUAUCCGACAUCACGCCAGAGAAUUGCACACUCUCUUGGAGACCACCAACUGACGAUGGUGGAUCGCCGAUCACUAACUACAUCGUGGAAAAAUUGGACCCAUCAGGUAUUUGGGCUAGAGUUAGCAGUUUUGUACGUAACACUCAUUACGACGUGAUUGGACUCGAACCGAACAAGAAAUAUAGCUUCAGAAUCCGUGCCGAAAAUCAGUACGGCGUAUCUGAACCGCUUGAGGCGGAUGAGCCUAUUAUGGCCAAGUUCCCCUUCACCGUACCCGAUCCUCCGGGUAAACCCAGGGUCAGCGAUUGGGACACAACUCAAGUCAGCCUUAACUGGGAUCGACCCAGGACAGACGGUGGCUCUCGCAUUCAGGGCUACAAGAUCGAAUUCCGUGACCUGGCCGAUGACGUACAAUGGCGAGUGGCGAAUGACUAUCUUUGCAAGGACACUGCCUUCAUCUGCUACAAUCUUCUGAGCGGUCAGGAAUACGAGUUCCGCGUACGUGCAAAGAAUGCUGCUGGAUGGAGCAAACCCAGUCUACCAUCAUCGCCAUUCAAAUUGAAGAGCAAAUUCAACGUACCGUAUGCGCCAGGAACACCUCAAGUUGUCAAGGUAGGAAAGAACUACGUGGAUCUCAAAUGGGAGCCACCAGUAUCCGACGGCGGAAGCCGAAUCACUGGAUACAUUGUCGAAAAGCGAGAAGUUGGCAGUGCUCAGUGGGCGAAAUGCAACGACUACAAUGUUAUGGACACAGAGUACACUGUGCUACACUUAAUCGAGCGCGGAGACUACGAGUUCCGCGUUUUCGCGGUAAACGCAGCAGGAAAAUCGGAGCCCAGCUCAUGCACGAUGCCGGUGAAGGUAUGCGAAGUCGAGGGUGGAGAGAAACCCGAGUUUGUACGUCCUCUUGUCACCCAAGGUGUACCACUUGGUAAAACUCACGUGUUCGAGUGCGAGGCAACAGGAAAACCGUUGCCAUCUGCCAGGUGGCUGAAGAACGGUCGCGAAAUCAGUCUGGGAGGAAGAUUCAAAACUGAGGUUAUCGGUGGUAUUUUCAGACUCGUUAUAUCCGAGGUCUGGGAAGCCGAUGAUGGUGACUACAGUUGCCAGGCGUCGAACCCGCUUGGACUUACCACGACGACCGCCCGGCUGAAGAUUGGAACACCACCAAAGAUCGAGCGCAUGCCGGGUGACCUUUACCUACCAGAAGGCGACAACACCAAGAUCAAGAUCCAUUACAGCGGAGAUCAGCCCAUGGAAGUUUCACUCACUAAAGACGGACAAAAGAUCCCUGAAUCCACGCACAUCAAGUACACAGUUUUCGACGAGUAUCUUAUCAUAUUCAUCAAGGAUGUCGUCAAGGAUGACGGAGGCGUUUACAACCUCACAAUCAAAAACGAUAGCGGAAGCGUUAGUGCUUCGUUCACUGUUUACAUUACUGGACUUCCAGGACCACCUAUUGGACCUCUCGAUGUGUCCGACAUUAGCAAGCACACAUGCACGCUGAGCUGGCACCCACCGAAGUACGAUGGUGGCCUUCGCAUCACUCACUACGUCGUUGAGCGUCGUGAUAUCAGUCACACCCAUUGGAUAAUCGUCUCGUCAUUCUGCAAGGAAACUACCUUCACUGUUCAAGGUCUAACCGAGGGCCAGGAGUACCUGUUCCGUGUGAUGGCUGUGAACGAUAACGGCAUGGGACCACCACUUGAGGGAACUAAUCCCGUCAAGGCAAAAGCACCUUUCGAUCCACCAUCGGCACCUGGAAAACCAAAGGUCAUCGAAAUCGGUGGUGACUUUGUUAAUCUCUCUUGGGACAAACCUGAGAGCGAUGGUGGUGCUCGCAUUCAGGGCUACUGGAUAGAUAAGCGCGAGGUUGGUGGGCUGGCAUGGCAGCGCGUGAACGUCUCCAUCAGCCUGACGAACCAAGUGAACAUUACCAACCUCAUCGAAGGUCGUCAAUACGAAUUCAGGGUCUUCGCGCAGAACGAGGCUGGCCUCAGCCCCGAAUCCAGCGCGUCGACGUCCGUCAAGAUCAAGGACCCACAGGAAGCCACACCGCCCGAAAUUGUCAAGCCUCUCAGAAACACGAACUGUGUGCAGAACCAUAACGCCCAUUUCCAGUGCACCAUUACAGGUUCCCCAAAACCAACCAUCACAUGGUUCAAGGGCGCGCGUGAGAUAGUAAACGGAUGUCGCUACCGCAUCUACACCGAGGGUGACGUCUGCAACCUGGUGAUCAACGACGUCUUUGGUGAAGAUGCCGACGAGUACAUUUGCCGCGCAUCUAACAAGGGUGGAAUCAAAUCCACGAAGGGAGAACUCUUCAUCAUGACACCUCCAAAGCUCAAUGUACCACCGAGAUUCAGAGAUACCGCCUUCUUCGACAAGGGUGAGAACGUCGUAAUCAAAAUUCCGUUCACCGGGUACCCCAAGCCCAAGAUCACAUGGGUAAGAGAGGGAGAGACGAUCGAAGCUGGAGGCCAUUACGCGGUCGAGGUCAAGGAGAGACACGCCGUUUUAACUAUCAGGGAUGGCAGCAAGAUUGACUCUGGGCCGUACCGUAUCACGGCAGAAAAUGACCUGGGUCAGGACUCAGCUAUAAUAAAGAUACAGAUCAGCGAUCGUCCGGAUCCUCCGCGUUUCCCUCAGGUAGAAAACAUCGGUCACGACUCUCUUGCCCUAACUUGGAAACCCCCAGUGUGGGACGGUGGCAGCAACAUCACAAACUACCUUGUCGAAAAGCGCGAACAUCCAAUGACGAGCUGGAUACGCGUUGGAAACACAAGAUUCUGCUCGAUGGCCGUCACCAAUUUGAGUCCUGGUCAUCAGUACGAGUUCCGCAUUUCGGCAGAGAACGUCUACGGCCGAAGCGAUCCAAGCGAUGUUACGGGCUUGAUAACAACCAAGGAUUCCGUAAAGAAACAGUUCAAGAAGAAAGAGUACGAGGUGGAUGAAACAGGAAAGAAGAUCCGAGGCCGCAACGACGAGAAGGUCACGGACUACGACCAGUACGUCUUUGACAUAUACAGCAAGUACGUGCCGCAGCCAGUGGAAAUAAAGAACACCUCCGUUUACGACAAGUACGAUAUACUCGAGGAAAUUGGAACUGGCGCUUUCGGCGUUGUUCAUCGCUGUCGUGAGAGAGCCACUGGCAACAUAUUUGCUGCCAAAUUUAUCCCGGUUUCACACAUUAUGGAGAAGGAACUGAUCAGGAAAGAAAUCGACAUCAUGAACCAACUUCAUCAUCCCAAAUUGAUCAAUCUCCACGAUGCCUUUGAAGACGAUGACGAGAUGGUCCUAAUAUUCGAAUUCUUGUCUGGUGGUGAACUCUUCGAGAGAAUCACCUCCGAAGGUUACUCCAUGUCAGAGGCUGAGGUCAUUAACUACAUGCGCCAAAUCUGUGAGGCUGUUAAACACAUGCACGAGAAGAACAUAAUUCAUCUUGAUAUCAAACCAGAAAACAUCAUGUGCCAGACACGAAACAGCACGAACGUUAAGCUGAUCGACUUUGGACUGGCCACCAGAUUGGAUCCUAACGAAGUGGUCAAGAUCAGUACAGGCACGGCAGAGUUUGCUGCUCCAGAGAUAGUCGAACGCGAACCUGUCGGAUUCUACACAGACAUGUGGGCCUGUGGUGUCCUCGCGUACGUUCUAUUGAGCGGUUUGUCACCAUUCGCUGGUGACAACGACAUCGAGACUUUGAAGAACGUCAAGGCUUGUGAUUGGGACUUUGACGAGGAAGCCUUCCGGGACGUAUCCGAAGAAGGCAGAGACUUUAUCAAGAGACUGCUUAUUAAGAACAAAGAAAAACGUAUGAACGCUCACGAGUGUCUUCUACAUCCUUGGCUCACCGGGGACCACAGCAACCGCACAACACCAAUUGCAAGCAGUCGCUACGUCAGUUUCAGGGACAAGCUUCGCGCCAAGUACGACAACUGGGAGAAAUACGUUCUCCCGAUCGGUCGUCUUGCGGAAUACUCUGCUCUCAGAAAACUCCUCAUUGAGAAGUACAAAAUAUACGACACAUCAUUCGAUCGCAGACAAGCGGCGCCUAGAUUUGUCAUCAGACCACAAAGCGCGUUUGCAUACGAGGGGCAGAGCGUGAAAUUCUAUUGCCGUGUAAUCGGAGUAGCAACACCAACGCUGACCUGGUCUCACAACAACCAGGAGCUCCGGCAAUCGGUGAAAUUCAUGAAACGUUACACUGGUGACGAUUACACUUUCAUAAUAAACAGGGUGAAACUAGAAGACAGAGGAGAGUACGUCAUUCGGGCAGAAAAUCAUUACGGUUUCAGGGAAGAAGUCGUCUUCUUGAAUGUUCAGCCAUUGCCCAAGGAGAUUCCAAAAUACAAACCGGAAGUACAACCAGUACGAACAAGGGAACCUCUUCGCUGGAACUUCUGGCAAGAGGUCAGCGAAAGCGCACCGAGCUUCACCUUCCUUCUUAGACCUCGUGUCCUCCAGAGCAGACAAGCAUGCAAACUGCUGUGUUGCCUGAGCGGUAAACCACCACCGACGGUCAGGUGGUUCAAGGACAAACACGAGCUAUCUAAGUACGAGUACACAAUGACAAACAGCGACGGUGUGGUAACCCUAGAAAUAGUCGACUGCAAACCUGAAGACAGCGGCAAGUACCGGUGCAUAGCUACCAACUGUCACGGCACCGACGAAACCACGUGUGUUGUCAUUGUUGAGGGAACCGGCGAGACUGAUGAGCAAGCUAAACUAGCGCACGACCUCCUAUACUCUGGAGAUCGAAGGUUCAUAGAGCAACCGAUAAAACCAGCGCCACCACCGAUAGUGAUAGUACAAAAGUCUAACUACAGCAAUUCGAGCAGCAAUUUCCAAUCGUCAACGAAUCGGUCAAGUUCAAAUUACAACUCCACGUCACACUCCUCCGCUUAUAAUAACGUAUCAAGUUCGUCGAGCAAUAUUCGGCAAAACUCGUCCUCUUACAAGUCUAAUCUGGAGACGUCCAGUAUCACAAACAAAAAUGAAACAGCCGCCACGGACAAAAGAACGGUGAAGAAAUACGGCAGCAGAUUAGAUACGACUGGCAGUCCUUCCCGAUCUCGAAGUGCGACCAAGGAACUCAUCCUCCCACCUGACGAUUCGAUGUGCGCGCCAGAGUUCAUCAAGAAGUUGAGUGACCUGACAGUAAAUGACGGUGAACAACUUGAACUGUCAGUCAAAAUCAGGGGUGAUCCCGAGCCUCAAGUAACGUGGUCUAAAAAUGGAAAGACAUUGAGCUCUUCGGAAAUUCUGGACCUGAAAUACAGAGGCGGAGUGGCAACGCUAACAAUAAAUGAAGUAUUCCCCGAAGACGAAGGCGAGUUCACCUGCAAAGCAACAAACAGUAUCGGAACAGCGACGACAUCAUGCAAGCUCACCGUAAAACCUAUGGCAAACGGCGAAAGCAGCAGUAAAAAGAAGGGAACGGGAGACAAGGCGCCAAAGAUAGUCGAUCAUUUGGAGAGCAAAUUCGUGAAGGAUGGUGAACCCGUUGUAUUGAGCUGCCGUAUAAUCGGGGCUAAGAAGUUUGACGUCGUAUGGCUACAUAACAAUAAGGAAAUAAAACCGAGCAAGGACUUCCAAUACUCGAACGAAGCCAACAUAUACAAACUCAACAUCGCCGAAAUAUUCCCUGAGGACUCAGGCACAUACACCUGCGAAACCUUCAACGAUGCCGGGGAGAGCUUCUCGUCUUGUACUCUCAACGUCCUUGUGCCCAACGAGGAACCAAAAAGCCCAGUGUUCACGACAUUCCCGCAGUCAGCAACUGUGAGCGAAGGAGAGAGCGCCAGCUUUACCUGUCGGACUGAAACUGCACCCCUUAAAGUAACGUGGGUGAAGGAUGGAAAACCAAUUGACGAAAAGAGCAGCAAGUACCUUUUCAGUUCGGACGGUGAAAAAUCAUUUACCCUUCAAAUAAAGUCGUGUGCGCAUGAUGACGUCGGCCAAUACACAGCUAAAGCAAUUGGCAAGAAGGGCGAGACAAGCGCAGCAUUUGCCCUCAACGUGACCAACCCCGGUGACGUUUGAAAAAAAAAAAUUAAGAAAAAAAAUUAUUUUAAUACAUUAUUAGACGAAGAUUAUUGCUAAUAUGUAAG